GUUUUUUUUCUUUGAAUAGGCUUCCCACACAAAAAAGUUUUUUUGAAAAUUGAGAUAGUUUACAGGGGAGUAGGAGUAUGUUAUAGCCUAAUUAUUGGAGUAUCAUUUGGUCGGGACUCGGGAAAUGAUCUUUCGACGACUUCAUCGUGACUGCAACCUUCUUCUUGGCACCAAGAUUCUAACUUUCGGCUCAAUCGGCCGGCGAUGAUUCAAUCAAGAAAACAGCUCCGAGCAAUGAUCGCCGGAAAAUUAAAGGACAAAGCGUCGACGAUCAAGGCAUUUCUCACGGCGAAACGCACAGUUUCAUCAAUCAGGGUCGCCAUCAUUAGAGCCACCACCCACACCUCCACAUCUCCGCCCCCGGAGCACCGCAUCGCGGCUCUCCUCGACUUCGGCGACCGGUCUCCGGCGGUGAUAAGCGCCUGCGUCGGUGGCAUCAUGGACCGCCUCCACGGGACCCACAACCCCUUCGUGGCCCUCAAGUGUCUCUACGUCAUCCACACCCUCAUAGUCAAGGGCUCCCUCUCGUUCAAGAACCAUCUCUGUUUCUAUCCCGGCGGCGGCGCCGGAGGCGGCGGCCGUAAUUCUCUCAAUCUUUCCAACUUUAAAUCAAACUCCGGCGCCGGCGCCGGCGCGCUAGAGUUAUCCGCGUGGGUGAGAUGGUACGCCGGCGUAGUAGAACAGAGCAUAACGACGUUCAGAGUUCUUGGUGAUGAUUCAUACGUUUCUUGCUCCUCGAGAAGAUCGAUAAACUUCGAAAAUAUAUACCCCAAGAAUCUUGAAUAUUCCGGCGAUGAUAAGGAGAUGGAAUGUUUGGUCGGCGCGGUGGAGGGAAUCUGCAGAGCGCCGGAAUCUUUGGACUGGCGCAAGAACGACGUCGUGCAUGAGGUGAUGAGCAUGGUGGCGGAGGACUACCGGUCGGCUCAGUACCGAGUCCUGUUGCGGCUCGGUGAGUUGCAUGAGCGAGUUGGGAAGCUGAGUUACGCGGAGCUGACCGAGUUGCGGUCCUGGUUGGAGCGGCUGGAGAAGUGUAAGGAGAGGAUGGUGGAGCUGUUCAUAAGACGGCGGAAAGGCGGGUUCUGGGAAGUGGUCGGGCGGACGAAGGCGGAGGUUGAGCGGGUGAAGGAGGAGUGGGAAAUGCAGAGCAUGGUGUUGUGGAAUGGCGAUGGAGGGAAGUCAAGUCAACGCGGUGGGUGGACGUGUUGAAUGGGUCAUAAAGGAGAUGGACAUUUUUGCCAUGCAUAUAUGUGAUAGUCAACGGCAAGAUUUUGCACAAAUGAUUAUACAAACAAUUGUUAAGAUUUUAGAUACAACAUUUUUAUUUUGAACAGAUUCACAUGUCCCAUUAUGACCAUAUUACAAUGUAUAGAAUAAUUGCUACUAUGCGAAAACAGUGAAAUAUCGUAGAGUUUCUUUCCAUGUAUAUUUUCAUAAUAAGAAAAUGUUUGAAUUCCCAAGUAAAGCAUGAAUGG